GUGACAGGCAGAAGCUUAAAUACCAGCCCAUGAGGAAGUUGAGCUGGGCUGUAAUGAUAGGGCGGCAGCCGCUGCCGCAGCAGCAGAGGUGGUCCGGGAGGUGAGAGGAACCAGAACACCAUGAACGAACACACAGGUGUUCCUGGGAGUAAUUAGAUUGCGGAAGGCGAGAAUACACCUGAAGAGUUUUUACCUGGGAGCACACUAGCGCUGAGAAAGGAUCUGAACGCAAAGAGGAAGAGAUCAGAUCGGUCAGUCACCCCCAAGAGACACCAAAGUUGAAAGUUUGGAGGUUUUAUUCUUUUAAUUUUUUUUUUUUCUUUUGCUCUGUCUCCUUUUUUUCCCCUGCGGGUCACUACCAUGGUCAGAAAGCCUGCGGCAUCCACCAUCUCCAAUGGGGGUUACCUGCAGGGCAGUGUUAAGGCGAGGCUGUCUUUCCCGGGGGGCAAGGAGCCACCUGGGCAGGAGAAAGUUGUGCUGAAGAGGAAAAUCAGCCUGUUGAGAGGGGUCUCCAUCAUCAUCGGCACCAUCAUCGGAGCAGGAAUCUUCAUCUCUCCUAAGGGCGUGCUCCAGAACACGGGCAGCGUGGGCUUGUCCCUGGUGGUCUGGACCGUCUGCGGGGUCCUGUCGCUGUUCGGAGCCUUGUCCUAUGCUGAACUGGGAACAACUAUAAGGAAAUCUGGUGGUCAUUACACAUACAUUCUGGAAGUCUUUGGCCCAUUACCAGCUUUUGUGCGAGUCUGGGUAGAACUGCUCAUUAUACGCCCUGCAGCCACUGCUGUGAUAUCUCUGGCCUUUGGACGGUACCUUCUGGAACCAUUUUUCAUUCAGUGUGAAAUUCCUGAACUUGCAGUCAAGCUCAUUACAGCUGUGGGCAUAACUAUGGUGAUGGUCCUAAAUAGCAUGAGUGUCAGCUGGAGCGCCCGGAUCCAGAUUUUCCUAACCUUUUGCAAGCUCACAGCAAUUCUGAUCAUUAUAGUCCCUGGAGUGAUGCAGCUAAUUAAAGGGCAAACACAACACUUUAAAGAUGCCUUUUCCGGAAGAGAUGCAAGUAUUAUGGGAUUGCCACUGGCUUUUUAUUAUGGAAUGUAUGCAUACGCUGGCUGGUUUUAUCUCAACUUUGUUACUGAAGAAGUGGAAAAUCCUGAAAAAACCAUCCCCCUUGCCAUAUGUAUAUCCAUGGCGGUCGUCACAGUUGGCUAUGUGCUAACAAAUGUGGCCUACUUUACGACCAUUAGUGCCCAGGAGCUGUUGCUUUCAAAGGCAGUGGCAGUGACUUUUUCUGAGCGGCUCCUGGGAAAUUUCUCAGUAGCAGUUCCAAUCUUUGUUGCCCUCUCCUGCUUUGGUUCCAUGAAUGGUGGUGUGUUUGCUGUCUCCAGGUUAUUCUAUGUUGCAUCUCGGGAGGGUCACCUUCCGGAAAUCCUCUCCAUGAUUCACAUCCGCAAGCACACUCCUGUACCAGCUGUUAUUGUUUUGCACCCUUUGACAAUGAUAAUGCUCUUCUCUGGGGACCUCUACAGUCUUUUGAAUUUCCUCAGUUUUGCCAGGUGGCUUUUUAUUGGGCUGGCGGUUGCUGGGCUGAUUUAUCUUCGAUACAAACACCCAGAUAUGCAUCGUCCUUUCAAGGUGCCGCUCUUCAUCCCAGCUUUGUUUUCCUUCACGUGUCUCUUCAUGGUCGCCCUUUCCCUUUAUUCAGACCCAUUUAGUACAGGGAUUGGCUUCACCAUCACUCUGACCGGGGUCCCUGCCUACUAUCUCUUUAUUAUAUGGGACAAGAAACCCAGGUGGUUUAGAAGAAUGUCAGACAUUACAACCAGAACAUUACAAAUAAUACUGGAAGUUGUACCAGAAGAAGAUUGUCAUAAAUUAUAAAUUAAUGCAUUUGAAGUCUUGGCAAUCUAUCCUUGGCUUUGUUUCUGCCCAAAGGGCUGAAACAAAAAAUGGAUCUUCACUCCUUUUAUAAAAAUCCAGAGGAUUGCAACUUUGGAGAUGGACUAAAGGAAUCGGUUAUUUCUGUUUAGUCUUCCAGUGUAUUCAAACUGGUUUCUAAGAAAUUUAGUUAUUACUCCAUGUAGUUGUAGAACGCUGAUAUGCAAUUAUACCGUAAGUUCACAUGAUCAUUGAGUCCCUGAUACCUACCUGUUGAGGUUAGGGAAAAAGACUACAGAACGGCAAUUACUUUAGUGGUCUUUCUCUAUAACAUAUCUUAUGGCUAAGAACCUUCAGACUGAAAACUGAGAUGUUUUCUUUAAUAUGGGUUUUUGUAAAAACAAUUUUUAUAUACUAUAGAUAACUGUACUGUGAAAAUUGUUUUCUACUCUUCUGGGGAAAAAAAAAGGUGUAUGUCGUCAUUAUGGACAGAGGAAAGAAAGAAAUUUAUUUUACAUUGGCAUUGCAUUGCUUCCCACAGAUAUCAACUUAGAUAUCAUUCAUGUUUUAAUGGAUUAUACCCAGAGCAUUUUGAAAAAGAAAAAAAAAUUAGGGGUAUGCCUAAUUUUGAUGAAUACAUUAAAGAAGAGUUUCUAGGGGCUAUUGUUUAUGAGGCAAAUCCAGGAAUUAUGUUUAAGUAAAAAAAAUGCUUGAGAAUUUAUUAUGUUAGGAUUUUUUUCACUCAUUAUCAGGAAGCUCCGUAGUUACGUGCCAUUUGUUUUCAUGGCAGCCUAAUUGAUCAGGAAAGGGUGUAACGCCUUUCUUAGAGCAAAGCAAUAGUCAGUUUGGUAUUAAAUCCUCUUAAGCAUGAUCAUGUGUUUCACUAAUAAUUUACUCUUUGAUAAAUACAUCUAAAUAUGUGCAUUUUUAAAUCUUCAAGUUACAAUAUCAACAGAAGACGGAAAUCACCAAGAAAGAAAAUGCCCAAAAUAUUAUGCCCAACUCUAUAGUUCUACAUACAUUGUUAGUGUUUCUGAACAUUUUUAAAAAAUCUCAUAGCUGUUUUUACAUGGUGAUGAAUUUUGACAGUUUUACGUUUUCUUUAUACAUUUUAUAUUGUUAAAAUAUCUCUUUGGACAAAACUGUCCAGAUCAAUUAGGAAAAGACAUAUAUUUACAUAAAAAUUAAGGAAGAAAUGUCACUGCUAAAUAAGAUUUACAACUCAUGUUUCUAAGAAUGUUUCCAUUUCUCUCUCUAGGCUUUAUCAGUAAUUUCCUGACAAAGUAAAAGAAAUAACUGAUAACAAAUUCACUGAAAGAAACUGUACAUGAAAUGUAUAUAUUCAGACAGGUAUUACUAUGCUGGGUUUAGAAAAUACUGUGGAAUUUUCAAAGAAUAAUAUAAUGAUGAAAUUUGUUAACCAUUAUUUACUUAAGUCUCAGAGUAAAUAGUCAUGGCCAGAAUUUUUUCAUUCUGUAAUUUUUGUCCAUUUGAAAAGAAGAAUUUUUGGAAGAAUUACACUGAUUAAAAUCAUUAAGAGCAGAAAUACAGAGUUCAUAGACAGUUGAUCAAAGUAGAAAUGAUGAUAAUUUAAGGCAAUUUCAAUUAAUUAAUUUUCAAUUCGUUAAUUUCAAUUUCAAAAUUUAAUUCAGUUAAUUAAAUUUCAGUUAAUUAAAUUUCAAUUUAAUAUAUAUCUGAGAUUGAAAUUUUUUGAGCCAAACGUAGUGUUUGGGUCUUUAAGUGAAUUUAUAAAAAUUCCUUCCUUUUUCUCUUACCAUGGAUUUUCAGAAUUUGAUCUGUAGUCUGUACAUCUUAUAUCCAUUUGUCUACAUCUGUCCCCACUAAAUUGUUGCUAUAGGUGAAAACAGAUUUCCUUUAUACUCUUUUUUACAGUCUAGGCCCAUGUAAUCUAAACCAGCAAACUCUCCUGGAAUUGUUUUUUUCCCCUAAUGAAAAAAAAAAAUGGUAAAGUCUCAUGGAGAAGUUUGUAUAGUUACUGAUUAUUCAUGAGGUUAAUGUGCUUAUAUCAAAAGUGGAAGAUAGGUCUCCUCAUUUUAGUUAUUUUAGUUUUGGUUCUAAUUUCUCUUUAAAUAUGUCAUUAUACAAGCUAACUAGAUUACAUAUUCAUUAUUAUUUUCAUCAUUUUAAAAAAUGAUUUUUGCAUUGUUAAAUUUCUAAUGCCAUUGUAAUACCAUUUUAACCAGAUGGAAAGUCAGUCAGUAAUUUUUUUUUUUUAAAGCGAUGAUGAUUAAGUUGUAUUUCUACUUAUCCUUAGGAUACAUCAUGACAAGAUACAGGGCUUCUGUAAUCAUCCAUUCAAUAGUCAUAACAUUUAUUUGGAAUGAUAUUAUGUCAAGCAGAUUCUAGUUUGAAAACUCUCCUAAACACUUUUAUAUGUGUAUAUAUUUUUAUGCUAAGUAAUUUUUUCUCAUAUAUUUAGGAAAAUUUUUUCUCAUAUAUAUUUUUCUCAUAUAUCGAACUAUUAGAUGUGAUACAUUUGUACCAGUGUGCAUAUUCAAAUGUUUAAAUACAUUUUAUCAGUUUAUUAUAACACAAAAAGGUAAAAGUAGCCAAUAUAGUUUGCGAUGGCUAAUAUACUAUUUUCAAAUGUUCUGCUCUUUUGGUACAUAGAUUUUCAAGUAUUUAAAUAUGAAUUUAGUAGAUCUAGUAAAGACGUCCAAAGCUAAAACAAUUUGCUAGGAGAAAUGGAAUGAUUCUCCUUACACAAUUAUGAAUAUUUCAGUAAACGUUUUUGACCCCUUUUAAAAAAUAUUAGACUAGUUUUCUGAGAUUUUUCUAAGAUUGAAUGAAGAAAAC